AUGAAAGUAGACGAUUGCCACGGGAACCUGCGACCUGCCAAGGAACGCGAAAAGGCUCUGACCAUCAAUGAGUUCAACGGCAAGACCCUGACUCCACCAGUAUCAGUCUACCUGCCAUGGAACCUUUCGACAGACCAGUUCAAAAAGCUUCUUCCUGACACUCCAGAGGACGGAGAGCCAGGCUUUGGCUUUCCAGCUCUGAGAAACUGGUUUGUCAAGCUUCUCCAAACCCUUGAUGCUCAAGAAGACGAACUGCAUCCGUUCCAUUCAAAUCCUUACCGACUAAGAAAACUGGAUAUAGAGGCCGCCGACUGGUUCAACGAAGGGAAACUGGGGUUUGUAAAACUCCAAAGUGAGGUCAGAAAUGACGACCCGGAUGAUGAAAAGAAUUGGACACCUGGGGCGGUGUUCUUACGAGGUGGUAGUGUGGCUGUCCUCUUCAUUGUACAACCUGAAGGUGCAGAAGGAGAAGAUGAGAAACAAGUCAUACUCACCGUUCAGCCUCGGGUAGCAGCCUCGUCUUUGGCCUUCACAGAGAUACCUGCAGGAAUGUUAGAUGACGAGCAAGAUUCGUUCGCUGGAAAAGCCGCGAAGGAGAUCAAAGAAGAAACGGGACUUGAGUUGAAGGAAAGCGAGCUACUAGACAUGACGAAGCUUGCGCUAGAAGGAGCAUCGUCCGAAUACCCCCCUGCAGCUGAAUCACUGGAAAAGGCCAUGUACCCCAGUCCUGGUGCUUGCGACGAGUUCAUCACACUCUACCUCUGUCAGAAGCGUCUCAAGCGUGAGCACCUGGAAGAUCUUAAAGGUAAGGCAACGGGUCUCGCGGAAGAGGGUGAGAAAAUCAAGCUCAAGUUAGUUCCGUUGCACAUGCUCUGGCGAGAAGGUGCUCGGGAUGCAAAAACUCUCGCUGCAUUGAGUUUGUACGAGAACAUCAAGGCAAUUGGCAUGUUACCCGAAAUGCCUACCAACCUAGACGACAGAUCAAAAGACUGGCGUUCAGAGAAGUGA